GAGUGUGUAAUGGCCCCCAAGAGGUGUGCACACCUUUAAUCCCUGGGAUCUGUGUGAAUGGUACCUUUCAGGGCAAAAGGGAGCUCGCAGAUAGGGGAGUUGAGGAGUCUGAGGCAGGGAGGCUACCCCGUUACCACCAGGGUCCUAGUAAGAGGGUGGGUCAGGAGGGUCAGGUCAAGGGAGAGAUGGCAGGUCUUUGAAGAUGAAGGGGCCCCAAGCCAAGGAACGCAGGUGAAGGUAGCAGAGGGACUGCGGAUUCCCGCCCUCCGGAGUGGUAGACGCCAACGCUGUUUUAAGCCACUGAGUAUGUGGUAAUUUGUUAGAGCAGCCUCGGAAAACUAGCGCAGGCUCUUGCGGGGAUCCAGGGCGAUGAGAAUGCCGUCGGGCUGCCGCACAUUUGUCCGAAUUCAAGACGGAGGUCGAGAAGGAAAAAUAGGGCCAUUCUAAAUUAAAAAUGCCUUUGGUUUUCACAUCAACAUUCUUUUGAGGUGAAGUCAAACAGUCCAAGGCGGCCGCGCGAACCCCUGCUGCACAGCAGAGGCAAGUACGUGAGUUUUUAGGCAGCCAGGCAUCGAGCAAAGUGCUCUCCUGUUCUCUCGAGAUUCGAUGCCAUUUCAUCCUCUUGGUUCACCCAUCGAACCAAGAAGGUAACACUUUUUUUUUAAGAUUUUAUUUAUUUGGGGGAGUGAGAGGGGAGGGGAGGUAGAGGAAGCAGCAGCAGCAUGCUCCCCGCUCCCCUCCCCAGGCCCCUUCCCUGCCUUUUCUCUCUUGCCCUUACCAUUUUCUGCCCUGUGUGUCUCGGCCACUGCCUCUCCCCCCAGCUCCUGCUGACUAGAGUGUAAACUCUACGAGGGCACAGAGGUUUGUCUUUCUCCCAGCUGCCCUGCAUGGAGCAAGUGCUCAAUAAAUAAGUGAUUGGCUAGAUCAGGCUUAUUACACAAUCUAGAAAAGGGUGAAGUCCCCUCCAAAACACUACCUUAAAUCCACCCUAACACAGGACACAGGUUCCCAGUAUCUAGAAAGCCCCGGGUCACCAGAUUAUGUCACAAUCAGUGAUGUCAUCAUUGGGCAAAUUCCCAAGUUGCCGUCUGAUAAUAAGCCUUUCAGGCCUUGACCGCAGUGGGAUCGAGGAACUUUCUGAGAGCAAGAUGGCUCUUGACAGCACGUGGGCUCCACAGGCAGGAAUCAUCGGGGAUGGGCCUGCCAAGAGAGGCGGCGAACAGGCCCCUCUCCAGGCCCACGUCCUCCAGACGGCCUCCCUCAAGGACGGCCCGGCAAAGCGGGCGGUGUGGGUCCGCUGCAACCGUUCAGAGCCAGAAGAACCUACUAACUCAACGACGGUCAGGGAGAAGCCCAGGUUAGAGGUGACCAAAGCAGUGGUCGUGGACCUUGGCACUGGCUACUGCAAAUGUGGCUUCGCCGGGCUGCCAAAGCCCACCCACAACAUCUCCUCGACGGUGGGCAAGCCCUACAUGGAGACGGCCAAAACCGGGGACAAUCGCAAGGAGACGUUUGUGGGGAAGGAGCUCAUCAACCCAGAGGUUCGCCUCAAGCUAGUAAACCCUUUGCGGCAUGGCAUCAUCGUGGACUGGGAUACGGUGCAGGAUAUCUGGGAAUAUCUCUUCCACAAGGAGAUGAAGAUCUCCCCAGAGGAGCACGCGGUCUUGGUCUCAGACCCACCCCUGAGCCCGCACACCAACAGAGAGAAGUACGCGGAGAUGCUGUUUGAAACCUUCAGCACUCCCGCCAUGCACAUCGCCUACCAAUCCCGCCUGUCCAUGUACUCCUACGGAAGGACGUCCGGCCUGGUGGUGGAGGUUGGCCACGGCGUGUCCUACGUGGUCCCCAUCUACGAGGGUUAUCCUCUGCCCAGCAUCACCGGACGGCUGGACUACGCGGGCUCUGACCUGACAGCCUACUUGAUGGGCCUGAUGAAUAACUUGGGGAAACACUUCACGGAGGACCAGCUAAGCACUGUGGAGGACAUCAAGAAGAAAUGCUGCUUUGUGGCCCUGGACCCCAUCGAAGAGAAGAAAGUCCCAGCCACUGUGCACACGAUCCAGUACACUCUGCCUGACGGGAAGGAGAUAAGCCUGUGCCAGGAGAGGUUUCUCUGCUCGGAAAUGUUCUUUAAGCCUUCUCUUAUCAAGUCCAUGCAGCUGGGCCUCCACACCCAGACAGUGUCCUGCCUUAACAAGUGUGACAUUGCCCUCAAACGGGAUCUCAUGGGGAACAUCCUGCUGUGCGGGGGCAGCACUAUGCUCAGCGGUUUCCCUAACCGCCUGCAGAAGGAGCUGAGCAGCAUGUGUCCCAAUGACAACCCCCAGGUAAACGUGUUGCCCGAGAGAGACACUGCAGUGUGGACGGGCGGCUCCAUCCUGGCGUCACUUCAGGGCUUCCAACCACUGUGGGUCCACCGCUUUGAGUAUGAGGAACAUGGGCCUUUCUUCCUCUACAGAAGGUGCUUCUGAACUCUGAAGAAGCAUGGUUGCCGUGCGUCGGCUUUCCUGGGUGAGCACCCACCCUACACGUACGGAGCUGAGCCCACGUCUGCUCCUGCAGUAUUAAACGAGCCUUGUGU